GCGAGUACUCAAGACGUUUUUGCCGAGUUGUGUUUAUUCGUCGGUUCGGUCAACUAUACAGAAAUAUUCUCCUCUCUGAAAUACCUAUAGAUACGAAAAUAUAUAGAGAGACGUUUGUGUGCAUAUAGAAACUUAGUUCAAGACCAAAAACGACAGAUUUCAGAGGAGGUCACUCUGUGUGCGGUUAUUGAACAAAUCAAAUCGAAUAAAAAUCUACAAAAAUAUAUAUAAAAUAUAUAUAUAUUGUCCUGUCAAUGUUGUAAUUGAUUAACCAAAAGGAUCUGCUAAAUAUUCGAAUAUCUCCAGCUUUAUCGCUGUGUGUGUUGUGAACGACUUUCCAUCAAAGUUUGGCCGUGAUAAGUGAAAGUUAAUAUUUUGGCCACGAAAUGUUUCCCAACCAGAACAACGUAGCCGCUACUGGGCCAGGCCCGGCGCCUGAUGGCCAACAGAGCCUCAACUACAAUGGACUGCCGGCUCAGCAGCAGCAGCAGCAACAGUUGUCACAGUCCACAAAGAAUGUGCGAAAGAAACCCUAUGUGAAGAUCACGGAGCAGCCGGCGGGCAAGGCCCUCCGAUUCCGCUACGAAUGCGAAGGACGCUCGGCGGGCUCCAUUCCGGGUGUGAACUCCACGCCGGAGAACAAGACCUAUCCAACGAUCGAGAUUGUGGGUUACAAGGGACGUGCCGUGGUGGUGGUCUCCUGUGUGACCAAGGAUACGCCAUAUCGUCCUCAUCCCCAUAAUUUGGUGGGCAAGGAGGGCUGCAAGAAGGGCGUCUGCACUUUGGAGAUCAACAGUGAAACCAUGAGAGCUGUGUUUAGCAACUUGGGUAUUCAGUGUGUCAAGAAGAAGGAUAUUGAGGCGGCACUCAAGGCGCGUGAGGAGAUUCGCGUGGAUCCCUUUAAGACUGGCUUCUCGCAUCGUUUCCAGCCCUCGAGCAUUGACCUGAACUCGGUGCGACUUUGCUUUCAAGUAUUUAUGGAGAGUGAACAGAAGGGUCGUUUCACAUCACCCCUGCCGCCGGUUGUCUCGGAACCCAUUUUCGACAAGAAAGCCAUGUCUGACCUGGUCAUCUGCCGGCUGUGCAGCUGCUCGGCCACUGUGCUCGGCAAUACCCAGAUUAUCCUGCUGUGCGAGAAGGUGGCCAAGGAGGAUAUAUCGGUGCGUUUCUUUGAGGAGAAGAACGGUCAGACCGUGUGGGAGGCCUUUGGGGACUUCCAACACACCGAUGUCCACAAGCAGACUGCCAUUACCUUUAAGACGCCGCGGUAUCAAACGCUGGAUAUCACAGAACCCGCCAAGGUCUUCAUCCAACUGCGACGCCCAUCAGACGGAGUCACCAGCGAGGCCUUGCCCUUCGAGUACGUGCCAUUGGAUUCAGGUAAACACACAUUCUGGAACCUUCAUCGGCACCUCAAGCGGAAGCCCGACGAAGAUAUCUUUCAGCAGAUCCUCAAGUUGGAUGCCAAACGGGAGGCGCCCACGAUUGAGGUCAUUGAUUUGGAUACACCAAAGAUAGAGGUGCAGCGUGAGCAACCUUUAGAUGUGAUAUUCCAUCAAGAGGAUUCUUUACAAGAGGAGUCAUCAUUUUUGUCACAAGAACACGAACAGGAUUCACAGCAGGAGCAAUAUUUACAGCAGGAGCAAACUCAGCAGCAUGAGCAGGAACAGCCUCUUCAAAGGGAACUUGUAACUCAACAAUCCCUAGACCAGCCUUCGGAGCACUUGACGGAUCACACUUCCGAUCAUAUACCCGAGGAUAUGGAGGCAGCCGAUGCCCAGGCAGAGGCUGAGGCCCAUCGCCUGCGUUCCGAACAGGAGAAGGAAAUUGACACCAUUAUUGAUGAGAAGGUGCGAGAACUGGAGCAACUGGAAUUGGGUCAACAUCUUGAACCGCGACCACUGACCGCUGAUGACAAAGUCACCGAAUGGAUGAAGUCCAGCGAGAUUGAACAGAUGGUCCAUGAACCCAGCCCCAUAGUCGAAGGAGAUGUCUUGGAUGCGGCCUUUGAGACGCAUAUAACCGAGGAGGAUAAGACGCUCAAUGAACUCUUGGAGCAGGUGGCAGAGCUGGAUGAGAUUUAUACAGAUUACAAGGUUCAAAGGGACACCUAUAACAAUACCAUGAAGAACGAGCUAGCUGCAAUGGAGGGACAUCCACCAUUGCAGGUCGAAGAGAGUUUCGAUGAUGCGGCGACCUACACAAGCUUGCAGAUUGCCUUUAGGAAUCCCGUGUUAAUACCUAUGGAUGACAUUAUGCCACCAACUCCACCCAUGUCACAAUGUGCACCGGAAGAUGCCCACCAGCACUAUGAUCCCGUCGAGGUUAAUUCACAGGCUAGGAAGCCGGAGACUCCAUCCCGUCCAGCUCCACCAGUGCCAGUGCAAGUGCCACUGCAAAUGCCAGCGAUUCUUACGGUUCCCUUUCCACCCGAGGAGGAGAAGCUGCCGCCUUUGCCACCGAAAAGGAUUCGCAAGCAGGACAGCAAUGCCGAGAAUCGUUCCAUCGAGGCCAAUACGGUUCAGGCCAGGCCAUCCACCGCCGAGUCUCCCCUCAACAAGAGAUUACCACCCGCUCCUUCACAUACCAAGAACCCGAAUUUCAAUACUCUGCCGAGACAGAAGAAGCCGGGCUUCUUUUCGAAACUCUUUUCGCGUCGUAAGAGUAAACCGGAAUUGGCCCAGGGAUCAGGUCAGGAUGGCGGCUCUUUGCUAGACUCCAAGAUGAAUAGUCGGGAACCAAGUAUAGGACACUUUAAUAUGCAGGAUCCGAUGAGAGCUUCACUUCGCUCCUCCAAGUCGGCGGCUCCCUUCCUCUCUAGCACCAAUCAGUCGGGCGCUACAACCGCAACGAAAAGUAGUCCUGUGAAGGCCAAGAAGCCUGGAUCGAAACUGACCAAGCCUGUGGGCCGAAGUGUGAGCAGUGUUUCGGGAAAGAGACCAGCUUAUUUAAACGCGGAUGUGGUGCACAUACCCCUGAAGGGUGACAGUGCCAAUAGUUUGCCACAACAUCCCCGAACCGAGGCUUAUUCUCAAUCCAGCACUGUGUCGGUGGGAGCAGGUCUGGAUCGACGCACUGCAUCCGCUUUGCAGCUGGCUGAUAUACCAAUAAGCGAGGGAGGCAUGGAACUGGUGGCCAUUGCCGAUCGCCAGAGUCUACACAAUUUGGUUAGCUCCAUCGAGGGUCACUUUAAUGUCCAACUGGAUCCCAAUUUGGAUCUGACCGAAGCCGAACACUUUGCCUUGUACACGAGUAUUCCGCCGCUGGCGGCGGCCAGUGAAUUUGAUGAGACCUCCGCCUACUAUGCUCCAGUGGAUGCCGGCGAGAUCCUUACACCCGAUGAGGUGGCCAAGCGAUUGGCAGCGGCUAAUGGCCUGAAUUAGGCCUUGGAAAAUUGUU